CUGUGCUUACGUCAUCCUGCAGUAGAGGGGAUGGGAAUGAGAGAGAGCGAAAGAGCGAGGAAGCCGGGCUGGAGAGCAUACGAGAAGCCACUGCAAGUCCCCCACCUCCGCCACCCAGGUUGGGGUCUGCCCAGGUCUGCUCUAUGGACUAGUGUGGGCCGCAGGCUUCUUCUGCCUCUGCCCUGCUGCCCGCUGUCUUCCCUCCCCUCCUUGGAGGUCCCCUGCAUCCCUCCCCCAAGGAGCAGUCAGUAGGCUUGAGGCUCCCAGGGGAGAGCAAUCGCCCGGCCCUGCCCUGCCCUUUACCACACCACACCAUGACCCUCCUGCUGCUGCCCCUCUUGCUGGCCUCCCUUCUUCCCUCCGGCUCCUGUAACAAAGGUGCUUCUGCAGGGUGUGGAAAGGGUAGUGAUACUGGACCAACAAGCACAAGUCCACCACUCUUCGCCUUGGACAAGGACGCCCCCCUGCGCUAUGCAGGUGAGAUCUGUGGCUUCCGGCUCCAUGGGUCUGGGGUGCCCUUCGAGGCUGUGAUCCUGGACAAGGCAACAGGAGAAGGGCUGAUUCGGGCCAAGGAGCCAGUGGACUGCGAGGCCCAGAAGGAGCACACGUUCACCAUCCAGGCCUAUGACUGUGGCGAGGGCCCUGAUGGAGCCAACACCAAGAAGUCCCACAAGGCGACCGUUCAUGUGCGUGUCAAUGAUGUGAAUGAGUUUGCCCCCGUGUUUGUGGAGCGGCUGUACCGAGCUGCAGUGACUGAGGGGAAGCUGUAUGACCGCAUCCUGCGGGUGGAAGCCAUUGAUGGUGACUGCUCCCCCCAGUACAGCCAGAUCUGCUACUACGAGAUCCUCACACCCAACACCCCCUUCCUCAUUGACAAUGAUGGGAACAUUGAGAACACAGAGAAGCUGCAGUACAGCGGGGAGAAGCUCUACAAGUUCACGGUGACAGCUUAUGACUGUGGGAAGAAGCGGGCGGCAGAUGACGCCCAGGUGGAGAUCCAGGUGAAGCCCACCUGCAAACCCAGCUGGCAAGGCUGGAACAAAAGGAUUGAAUAUGCACCGGGUGCCGGCAGCUUGGCUUUGUUCCCUGGCAUCCGCCUGGAGACCUGUGAUGAGCCUCUCUGGAAUAUACAGGCCACCAUCGAGCUGCAGACCAGCCACGUGGCCAAAGGCUGUGACCGAGACAACUACUCCGAGCGGGCAUUGCGGAAACUCUGUGGUGCUGCCACUGGGGAGGUGGAUCUGUUGCCCAUGCCUGGCCCCAAUGCCAACUGGACGGCAGGCCUCUCAGUGCACUACAGCCAGGACAGCAGUCUUAUCUACUGGUUCAACGGCACCCAAGCUGUGCAGGUGCCCCUGGGUGGCACAGCUGGGCUGGGCUCGGGGCCCCAGGACAGCCUCAGUGACCACUUUACCCUGUCCUUCUGGAUGAAGCAUGGUGUAACUCCCAAUAAGGGCAAGAAGGAAGAGGAAACCAUCGUGUGUAACACUGUCCAGAACGAGGACGGCUUCUCUCACUACUCACUGACGGUCCAUGGCUGCAGGAUUUCCUUCCUCUACUGGCCUCUGCUGGAGAGUGCUCGCCCCGUCAAGUUCCUCUGGAAGCUGGAGCAGGUCUGCGAUGACGAGUGGCACCACUAUGCAUUGAACCUUGAGUUCCCCACAGUCACACUCUAUGCUGAUGGCAUCUCCUUUGACCCUGCUCUCAUCCAUGACAAUGGUCUCAUCCACCCACCCCGAAAGGAACCUGCUCUCAUGAUCGGGGCCUGCUGGACUGAGGAGAAGAACAAGGAGAAAGAAAAAGGAGAUAACAGUACGGAUGCCUCACAAGGAGACCCCUUGCUGAUCCACCACUACUUUCAUGGCUACCUGGCUGGUUUCAGCGUGCGCUCAGGCCGCCUGGAGAGCCGCGAGGUCAUCGAGUGCCUCUAUGCAUGUCGGGAGGGGCUGGACUAUAGGGAUUUCGAGAGCCUGGGCAAAGGCAUGAAGGUCCACGUGAACCCCUCGCAGUCUCUGCUCACCCUGGAGGGGGAUGAUGUGGAGACCUUCAACCAUGCCCUGCAGCAUGUGGCUUACAUGAACACUCUGCGCUUUGCCACGCCUGGCGUCAGGCCCCUGCGUCUCACCACUGCCGUCAAGUGCUUCAGUGAAGAGUCUUGCGUCUCCAUCCCUGAAGUGGAGGGCUACGUGGUUGUCCUCCAGCCUGAUGCCCCCCAGAUCCUGCUAAGUGGCACUGCUCACUUUGCCCGCCCAGCUGUGGACUUCGAGGGAUCCGAAGGGGUCGCUUUGUUCCCAGACCUUCAGAUCACUUGCUCCAUCUCUCACCAGGUGGAGGCCAAAAAGGAUGAGAGUUGGCAGGGAACAGUGACAGACACACGCAUGUCGGAUGAGAUUGUGCACAACCUGGACGGCUGUGAGAUUUCUCUGGUGGGGGAUGACCUAGACCCGGAGCGGGAAAGCCUGCUCCUGGACAUGGCCUCCUUGCAGCAGCGCGGGCUGGAGCUCACCAACACGUCUGCCUACAUCACCAUUGCUGGGGUGGAGAGCAUCACCGUGUAUGAAGAGACCCUGAGGCAGGUGCAUUACAGGCUGCGGCACGGAGCUGCCCUCUAUGCCAGGAAAUUCCGGCUUUCCUGCUCAGAAAUGAAUGGUCGUUACUCCAGCAAUGAAUUCAUCGUGGAGGUCAACGUCCUGCACAGCAUGAACCGGGUUGCCCACCCGAGUCACGUGCUCAGCUCCCAGCAGUUUCUGCACCGUGGUCACCAGCCACCUCCUGAGAUGGCUGGACACAGCUUGGCCAGCUCCCACCGAAACUCCAUGGUCCCCAGUGCAGCGACUCUCAUCAUUGUGGUGUGUGUGGGCUUCCUGGUGCUCAUGGUCAUCCUGGGCCUGGUGAGAAUCCACUCCCUUCACCGCCGUGUCUCGGGGGCCGGUGGGCCCCCAGGGGCCUCCAGUGACCCCAAGGACCCUGACCUCUUCUGGGAUGACUCUGCUCUCACCAUUAUCGUGAACCCUAUGGAGUCCUACCAGAAUCGGCAAGCCUGUGUGGCAGGGGCUGCCGGUGGCCAGCAGGAGGACGAGGACAGCAGUGACUCAGAGGCAGCUGACUCGCCCAGCGGCGACGAGAGACGCAUCAUUGAGACCCCCCCACACCGCUACUAAGGCCUACACUCCUCCCCGAAGAGAGAGAGAGAGAGAGAGAGAGAGAGAGAAUCCUGCCCUGGUGAGACAGAGAUACUCUCA